AUGGGCGGUGUGCAACCUAUUCACUAUGAUCGCGAAACAGUCAAGGAACUGACCAAAGAAAUCCUCACUGCAUCGGGAAUUGGAGCCUUUAGGGGAGCUAUCAUCGGUCUCACAACCGCACUUCUUUUACGCAGAUUUUCGACUGUGUACCGCAAUGUAAGAACUCAGGUCCGGGUCUUUUACCACUGCUCCUGGAUCUCCAUGGGUGCGGUGUUUUAUGCCGAUAAGCAGCUCAUCAAGUUCCAAAACAGAUACUACGAGAAUGAGAUCAAGAGACGAUCCAGAAUUCUGGACGAGGCUGCUGAGAGGGGCAUUUUUCUGGAGGAAGACUCCGUGGUGACCAGCACCACGUCGUGA